AUGAAUCUUCUACUGCUGACCUUCAUUAUCUGUGGGUUACUAACUCAGGCGACCAAAGCUAGCUUUGGACCCCAGAAAUGCUGGAAGAAUAAUGUAGGAUACUGCAGAAGACGAUGCUUAGAUACUGAAAGGUACAUACGUCUUUGUAGGAACAAGUUAUCAUGCUGCAUUUCCAUAAUAUGGUCGUAUGAACACCUUCGAAGGCCAGAACCUCCCAUGAUCCACAUAGAUGAUAUAACAUUUGAUUACACAGAUUGGGAAACUUUUACUGGUACCUCAAUAACUAGGUUUCCAGAUGCAAUAACAUUUGAAGACCAUACAUUUAGAGGAAACACUAUUACCAAGGCCACUGCUUCUGAGACUUCCACUGAGAAAAUUCCCGAGUCCAAGCCACCACCUUCUCAGAUAUCUCUUGUUGACAGUUAA